AAACUAUAUAUAAUGCCUUUUAUUUAAACGUAUGAACUAUUUAUGUGAGAAUGUUUUUAUUAAAUUGUAAUCGCGAGCCGUCCGUGAUUGUGCUAACUGAUGAUGAGUGCAGUGUUAACUACAAAAAUGAUAAAAGUCGAAUAGUAGUCUAAAAUAGUUAUAUUCUACUUACAUAAUUGUGUGUUUAACAUCCCGAUAAUAGCGAUAAGGAACUGUAAAGAUAUGAGAUAUUGUUAUUAAUGUAAAUGAAUGAUAGAAUGUUAUUGUUCCUAGCGGGGCGUACGAAUGCUCCUUUAUAUUCUUAUACGAUUAAUUCGUGUUUAACAUUCCUAUAUGUUUCGGUGUCGACGUGUCAGUAUUCAUGUUAUAAAGUACAUAGUGAGCAAUAAAUUUUGUAAGAUAAUGUAUGUAAUACAGGGCUGAACUGAAACGGGCAAACCCGUCACAUUCGAACUGACUCAUUAAGGAAACGUUCUAGGAAAGAUCACCGCAAUGAUGUUUAUAAACUCAUUUGUAAUGGAAUAAUUGUGGAUGAACGACGUGCGUACAAUAUGGCUGUUGGAAUAGGGAAUGUGUUGUUUAGAAAUGAAAGUGCCAAUGUGACGGAAUUGUAUCUGGACGAAAUCCACCUCUUCAAGGACUACCCUGAAGGCUUGUUGCGGUUCGCGACGGCCUGCUGCUUCAUUUUUAUGAUCAUCGGGGUCCCGGGAAACCUAAUUACCAUCAUCGCACUGUCGAGAUACGAAAAGGUCCGCAAUGCAACCGCGAUCUUCAUCAUCAACCUUUCAUUUUCGGACCUAUUAUUUUGCUGCUUCAACCUGCCUCUGAUGGCAUCCACCCUUCUCCACCGGUCCUGGGUCCAUGGAGAGCUUCUUUGCAGACUGUUUCCCCUGAUGAGAUAUGGUCUGGUGGCAGCUUCCUUGUUCACUGUUACUGCUAUCACUAUCAAUCGUUACGUCAUCAUCGCCCAUCCGAGACUUUAUCCGAAAGCAUACAAAACGCGGAACAUCUGCCUGAUGCUCCUCACAAUAUGGUUAACUUCUUUCGGAUGUUUGGUGGCGACAUGGCUCAACAAGUGGGGCAGGUUUGGGCUCGACGAAAAUAUCGGAUCGUGCUCCAUCAUCCAAGACAAAUCCGGUCGAACACCGAAGAAGAUACUCUUCAUUGUAGCAUUUACUAUACCUUGUAUUGUGAUAAUUUUCUGUUACACGCGAAUAUUCUUCAUAGUUAGAAAAACCUCAAAAAAAUCAAAAACAGUAAAUACAUGCAAACAAGAACAACCAUCGUGCGACGAACUCUCGUCCGUGGUAUCGUCUGACUCGAUGUCCAUAAAGUUCUCCGGCCCCGGAAUAAGCAUCAGUGAAAACACAGAGACCUUUACCUCUGACCCACCUAAAAGCACACAACGCACAUUCCAAAUCGAAACUAGAGACGAAAUAAAAAGAAUAGACAAUCGGCUUCGAAGGACAGCAUUAAGAAAGUCUAUGGCGAUGCUCAAAUUGUCUCUGCCCACGCGGAAAGACAGGAGGUUAGGGACUAUGAUCAUCGCUAUCAUGAUUUCGUUCUGCAUGUGCCACCUCCCUAUAACCAUAACGAAGCUGUUGCAGGAGAUAAAUCCUAAGCCAGCGUCUAAUAUAGCUUCUUAUCUUCUCAUUUAUCUGGCUUCUUGUAUCAACCCAGUGAUUUACGUAGUAAUGUCGAACGAGUACAGGAAAGCAUAUAAAAACCUUUUCAAAUGCAAGCGAAAGUCUUGAUGAAUAACGAAUGGCAAGUGAUAGACUGAAUGUUUUAGAGAAAAUACUCAUUUAGGUCUUAAGUGUGUGUUAUUGUUGUGAGACAAUGAAGCAAUUAUUGUAAAGUUUAAUGUUUUCAUGUUUACGGUAGUAAUUGUGUAUAUUACAUAAUUACAUAUAUUUAGUGUUAAGUAUUGUUAAACGGGCCCAAGGAGUUACAUGAAUUGACAUUCCGUGUUUAAUAUUAAAAAUAUAGUGACAUAAUAAAUCAUAUAAAUUGUCAAAAAGUAUACGAAUAGACUCGAAUAAAAGAUAUUACUAAUGAAGUGGUGAAUAAGCGAAUGUCUUAAUAUAUAUAUAUAUAUAUAUGUACUAUAUAUGUACACCCUUUUAUAGGUUCAUAAUUCACAUUGCAGGUGCCAAAGACACAAAUAUUUUAAAUUUGAUCACAGUGCCACAAAUUUACUCAUGGUGUAGAGGAGUUUUAUUCUUGUAUUUAUCUGACAGCUAUUAAAUUUUUUUUUCAAUAUUAGUAAUAUGUACGUGAAAACAUGUUAUUAUGUUUACCACAACAGAAAUGUUUUAUUAAACCGUAGCUAUAAAUAAUUUGAAAUGUGGAUUGUAUUCGAAGAGAGGAAAUUUAUUUAUAUUUUAUUCAUGGAGUAUUUAAUGUUCACGAACCGACGAACGACAUAUUUAACAUUCUAUAGUAUGCUAUAAUCUAUGGUCUUUAAUACUAUUAUAUUGUCUGUGUUUCCCUAGUUAUACGAGGAUAAAAGUAUAGAGUACUUUUCUCUUUUUUUACGUUGCCACGGGAUCGAUUUUAACGUGAAGUUAAAUUAUUUAUUUGCUUAUUUAAAUUAUCAAAUUGUCCAUACAUUUUGUUAUAGCAGAUCUUGAACUUGAAUAGUGGAAGUUUGUAUAUAAUAAUAAUGAAAAGGUUUCGGUCGGCUUCGUUUAUUAACGAAAUGAAAACUAUUCAAAAGACGUAGAUUUAUACGUACGGCCUAGAAUUCAAGAAUAUUUAAAAUACUUUUUAGUAUUUAAUAUUGUUUUGUUUAAUUUGUUACUGACGAUGUUAUAUAACUGAUAUUAUGUCAAUGUAUAAUUUUAGUAAAAUAUAGUUCAUAUAAGUAUAAAAUAUCAUAUGUUAUUUGUAUAAGAGUUUAAAUGGUUUUGUAAUGAGAAAGACCGUAAUGUACCAAAGAACCUCCUGGGGCCACGAUACCCAAGCCAUUGUACUUACCAAAGAUGUAAUUAAAUUGACUUAUGGAUUUUA